AAUGAGCAAAAAGCUUUUAUAAUUUUAUUUGAUCCCAUCCCAGAUUCAUUCCAAAAAAUAAAAAACCUUGAUUUCACCAAACUUCAGAUUUCUGCCGAAAAAUUCUUAUACCCGAUUAAACACCAAUCCCAUUUUGUUUCAAACAGAGUUUUAUAUUAAAGACUUCACUUUGAUCUGAAAGUUUCAGUUUUUAUUUGAAUAUGUUAAGUGCCGGUUGUUUCUUGAACUCAAAGUCCAUUGAGUUUCAGUCUUGAAAAAAAUUAUUAGAAGUUGAAACACUUAAUUGAGUUGAGGUCUAGUUUGAGCAAUCUGUUUAAGGCUUUAAGUACAUUUGAUCGUGAAGUUUUCGUCGGUGAGUUUUGAAAAAAAGUCGUGAAUGAGGGUGAGAUGAUAGGAGUGUAUAUGUGUUUUAAAUGACAAUGACUGGAUUGGGAAUUCGUUCUGGGAGUUAUGGAUCUUUGGAUAAACAACAGUUACAAAAUGGGGGAAGCUUGUUGCCUAUUCAACAAACUUCAACACGUACUAAGCCUUCAAAGAUGUUUAAGGAGAAGGUGGGUUUGGUGCUCUGGAUCUGUAAAUUUGCAGGCCGCAAGAAGGUUGGAAUGCUACUCCUAUUUGUUAUCUCCGCAGCCGUUUUCAUCUGGGUUCUGUACGUUGGGAAAGGUGAACAUACACAGGAGACCGACCAUGUACCAAACAUUAGUUUCAAUAGCAGCAUUUUUGUAAAUUUUUCUGAAUAUACACCAAUAUACAGAGAGCAAACUCAAAAUAUGCACAGUCAGAAUUCAUUUAACAAUGUGGUCAGUCAUAAUUCUUUUAGCAUUAUGGACAAUCAGAAUCCUCCAGUGGACACUCUGGAAACAAUUGAAAAAAGGAUUUCCCCCCCGCCUCUUCCUUCAUAUUUUCUGGGUUACACUCUUCCGCCAGGGCAUCCAUGUAAUAGUUUCACUUUACCUCCCCCACCUGCAGAUAAAAAAAGAACUGGACCACGACCAUGUCCAGUAUGUUACCUUCCUGUGGAAGAAGCCAUCGCCUUAAUGCCAAGUGUCCCCUCAUUUUCACCAGUAGUUAAGAAUUUAACAUAUAUAGUUGAGCCUGAGUUGAACAGAGUGACAGAAUUUGGAGGCUCAGACUUUGGUGGAUAUCCUACUAUAGCACAAAGAGCUGACUCUUAUGACAUAAAAGAGUCAAUGAGUGUUCACUGUGGGUUUGUCAAGGGAAAACCUGGACGAGGGACAGGAUAUGACCUUGAUGAGGAGGACCUUCUUGAUAUGGAGCAAUGUCGUGGAAUUGUUGUUAUAUCAGCAAUUUUUGGGGCUUUUGAUGAUGUAAACCAGCCAAGUAAUAUUAGUGACUAUUCCAGGAAGACUGUAUGCUUCUUUAUGUUUGUUGAUGAAGAAACAGAAGCAUAUUUGAAAGCUAAUAGUGGUUUGGACAGGAGCAAGAUGAUGGGGAUAUGGAGAAUUGUUGUUAUUCAUAAUAUUCCUUACACAGAUGCAAGGCGGACUGGAAAGAUUCCAAAGCUUCUACCCCAUAGGUUGUUCCCUAAUGCUCGCUUUUCAUUAUGGAUUGAUGGGAAACUUGAGCUUACUGUGGAUCCAUAUCAAAUUCUUGAAAGGCACUUGUGGAGAAAAAACACCACUUUUGCCAUUUCCAGACAUUAUAAGCGCUUCGAUGUCUUUGUGGAAGCUGAGGCAAAUAAAGCUGCUAAGAAAUAUGAUAAUGCUUCCAUUGACUUUCAGAUCGAGUUUUAUAAAAAUGAGGGUUUGACCCCAUAUUCUGAGGCUAAGCUUCCAAUUACAAGUGAUGUUCCUGAAGGAUGUGUCGUAAUAAGAGAGCAUGUUCCAAUCAGCAAUCUCUUUGCUUGUCUUUGGUACAAUGAAGUUGAUCGGUUUACUUCCAGGGACCAACUAAGUUUUUCCACUGUGAGGGACAAGAUUGCAGCAAAGACAAAUUGGACAGUUAACAUGUUCUUGGAUUGCGAAAGAAGAAAUUUUGUUGUUCAGAAAUAUCAUAGAGGUCUCAACUUUGCUCCACCAAUCCCUGUUUCUUUUAACCCUCCACCACCACCACUGCCACCACCACCACCACCACCACCACCGCCACUACCACAACAAUCACCAGCUUUGUUUAGUGACAUUCCAAGGAAAUUGCCAAAUGGAUUUUCUGGGGAAAGGGUUGUAAGUAGUCCUGUGAGACGGGUCACCCCAAAGCGUAGCCGGAGGUCUGGAUCUAGGCGCCGUCGCAAAGCUGUUGUCAGUGGCAGAGACAUUGAUUCAAAUCAUCACAGAGCUGUUGUCAUUGGUGGUGACAUCGAUUCAAAUUGAAAUUUUGUUCCACCUAAACACCAUUCAUUUUCCUUUCCCUUAGAAAACCCAUUGCAGGUCUGAAGAUUAAGGCAAGAUGAGUGCCUUAGUUUUAUUUCCACAAUUUUUUCUUAUACUUCAUGGAAUUGGGUAUUUAUAUUCAUUUAUUUUUGUAUAUAUAUUAUUAUAAUUGGUAAUAAUCACAAUUAUGGGUUGCCCAUCAAAUUGCAUUCAUGUGGUAACCCAUUUCAUUACAACAGCUGCAUCGCAUUGGAACUCAUUUAUUAAGUUACUGAUGUAUCUUCACUUAGAAUUAAUACAAUCUGAAGGUUUUUGGCUGA